AUGCUGAUGGGAAAAGAUCGAGCAGGAAAGACAAGUUUGAAGAAAUCUUUCUUAGGUCUACCAUUUGACCCUCAUGAAGACAGUACUGACGGAAUUCAAGUUGAUCCAUCAAAGUUCGAAUUUGAAGUCGAUCAAGUUAAGAACUGGAAACUCACCAAUGAAAAUCUUGGUGUGUCUCAGUUUAUGUCCGAUCUUGCCACGAUGGUAGCUAAAGAACUAAUCCAAGAUGAUGGAGACAAAGAGAAAGAUGACAGAGUCGACGACAACGAUGUUAAAGAAGAGGAAGAAAAAGAAGGAACAGAAGAUGGAAAAGAAAAAGGAGCCCCAGGGGACCUAUGGAGGAUAUAUUCAGAGGUACGCACAAUUUUCUUAAUCCGCUGUAGUCCCUCUUUUCUUCUUCAUCGUUUCCAUAUUUCUUUAUUCAGUUGCUCUCACAUUAGUUUGGAGGCUUUUCGUGAAUGGGUGAAAUGCAACUUGGAUGUAAGCUUUUGGCAGAAGGUUUGGUUUAACCACAGGCGGCCCAGACUCGAUGGGAGUUCUUUGAAAUUUGAAUUUUAUAAGAGAAUGUAUGAAGACAGUCGGUUCGCUUGUAGAACCAUUUGAAACCGCUUUGGAAAGUUUUAGAUUUCGAGUUAUACUAACAAUAUCAUAAGAAGUACAGUGAACCCGGUUAAUAAGGACACCAAAGGAACAUGCCAUAGUCUCCGGUCCUCAGGAAUGCGCCGCGGCCACAUACUUUUUUGAUAUAAAGACUAAAGCAGACAAAGAGAGGAAGGGUAGGAUCAAUGACUGCAGGAAAAUCCAAGGAAAUGAAGCUUCUGGAGCAGCAGGAAGCACAAAACGUUAUUAAAGGACUACAGUACGGGGGUCAAACAUGGGAAGAAGAGAUGAGCUUAUCAGAUUCAAACAUGCCACGCUAUUUUGCUACUGUUUUUUUAAGUAAUUAGGUCGAAUUUACCCAUAGGAAUCAGUCGUUAUUUGGAUAACCUUCGUAGCAGGCGCGUGGAAGUAGUGAGCGCAAGAAAAAACGGGCGCGUGUCUCCCUCGCGCGCGAGCCUGUUCUCUCUUGCGCCCACUACUUCCAAGCGCCUGCUAUGCAGGCUAUUAUUUGGACAGGGUAAAAUGUCUACAAUAAGCAAAUGAUUGUGACAAGAAAAUAGACAGUGCUUAGGUAACCAGUGUCUGGAAUCAGGGUUGACGAUAUAUGAAAGUUUGUGACUCGGGACACAGAAAAGUGUCCAUUGUCCUUAUUAACCGGUGUCUGUAUGAAGCGGUUUAAUUUUAGAGAAAAUAUAUGAGCUUUUCGUUGGCACAAAUGAAACUGUCCGUUAAAUACGGGUGUCCGUAGAGCGGGUUUCCACUUUAAAAGUUGUCUAGAGAGAGCACGUGUUUACAGUUUUUGUUAUGUCUGUUGUGCACAUGCGGUUUUAUUUGUAGAAAACGUAACUGACCUCGGCUUGCUAUUUUGUAUAGUCAUCAAACGUCCAUUUUCGACGCACAAGGUGACGGAUAUUUAUCUGACGCAUUAAGUUACACUUCACUUUCAUGUCAUAUAGCAUCAAGAAAAAUGAUCUCUUUUCGAUGCAACAGGUCGUGCUUAAUUUUCUGACGAAACGGGUCACACUUCACCUUCAUGUUAUGUAGCACCCCGAUGACCACAGUUACACCUUUAUGGCAAAAUUUCUUUUGAGUAGAACAAAAUAAAAAGGAAAUAAUGACAAGCAACAACUAGAGCGUAACAGAGUCGAUAGACUCUCUCUAAGCUCGCCAAAACGGCUUCGAAGUGGCUCUAGAAGCGUAUUGACUCCAAAACACAGAACACAAACAAAAGGUGAGUCAUUAUUAUUUCGAUUUUUUUCAAAAAGCGAAAUUAGAACGUAUUUCGUUUAUUCUCAUACAAACUACAGUCAAACCUGUAUUAAGCGAUCACCCACGGGAAAUGGCUAAGUGACCGCUUAAUACAGGUAUCGUAAAAUUCAACAUCAGUCGAAACAUCAGGGUUAGUGGGAAUGGCGUUUUACUUGAUACUUGAUUAUCUUUUGUAUUUUUAAGUUAUCGUAUUUAUUCGAAUAAGCGCCCACCUCGAAUAAGCGCCCAUCCUAAAGGCAAAAAAAGUGAAUAAGCGCCCACCCCAUCCCCCUCUCACUCGUACACAAAUAAGCGCCCACCCCCACCCCACCCCCUUACCCCUCCCACUCAAAAAAUUGGAAUAAGUACUAAUAAGAGACUUCCCCGAAGAAGGAGUUUUGUUCAGAGUAUUUAUAGAAACCUUGCUUUGUUACAUCCUCGCGUUUUGUUAUUACCAUCUAUUGUUUUGUUGCAAAAUAAACAUACUGCACUUGCUGUAGCCUGCGAAAACAGCCGUUUCUCCUCGCUCUUCGUAGGCUACACUUGCCGUGAAAACGGUGGAAAUUUAAUAAGCGCCCACCUCGAGUAAGCGCCCACUCUCAAGGUCCAAAAAUUUAAUAAGCGCCCAGGGCGGUUAAUCGAAUAAAUACGGUAAACACACGCAUGGUUAUGUAACAGUACAAAGAAAACAGAAACCAAGAGGAGCAAACGUAGUACACUUGUUCAUCCAAAACUGUACGUGAGGUCGUUUGUGCCUCAGAUAAUUUCUGAAACCUCUUGUACAGUACUCAGUUAUGUUAGAAACCGGCAAUAACACAUGUGCAGUUAUAUCCAGAUAGAGGGGAAUAUCACAUAUUUUCGUCUUCCUUUUUCUAAUAAAAAAGUCCGCAUAGUCGGUGGUUCGCUCUAGGAAUUGAAAAAGUCUGAAACAAGAGACUGAUGCUUAGGAGUUUUCAACUUUAUGCUGUGAAGCAAAUCAUUUGCUUUGCUUAUAAUGCCAAUGAAAGUUCUUGAUUUCCAUGGAACUGCGCAUAAUUCCUAAUUUGUUCUGCCAGUUGUUGCAGUCGUACAAGCUACAGUUUCAUGGCCACGCUAAAGUUCCAUUUCACCCUAACAAUUUAACAAACAAAUACGAUGUAAUCGGGCACGUUCCUAAGCUUAUGGCAAGAUGGUUAACGAAGUUUUUAAAGAGACCUUCAAAUUCUGCCGGGGUCAUUAUUAAAGGAAAACGUGUUAACAGAGGAGGUGGUUAUGGUUUAGAAAUGCCUUGUGAAUAUCAUUUGAAGGGGACAAUUUCCCGUGCUAUUGGUUAAAAGAGGAGCUAUAGUUAAAGAUCAAUUUGAUGUUCAAUGUUGACACUACGGUUAAAAAUAACCGAACGUUACUGUUCAGAGAGUUGAAUUCGAGACAUUUGUGGAAACAAGUUACACUCGUGAUUUUCACUUUGCUGUACUUGACUCCCAGAAUUUAUUUUUUGUAAACACAGUGACCGUUUAAAGGUUUAAAGAAGUUUGACCAUAUCUCCCAGGGACGGAUAUCUCUUAAAUGGUUAGAUGUUACGGAGAAGGUUCUAUUUAAUGGCUUAGUUUUAGUAUUCAAAUGUGUAAAUGGCUUAGCUCCAGAUUAUUUAGGUAAAUAUUUUAUUAAACGUUCAGCAGUUCACAACAAGAACACAAUGGGAUGUAACAAUUUUGUGAUCCCCCGAUGUAGACUAUCAAUGGGACAAAGGGCAUUUUAUUUUCGGCGUCCAAAGGAAUGGAAUGGGCUACCUGACAAUAUUAGGAACACUAAAGAUAUUGAUAGUUUUAAGCGGAGACUUUGUAAUAGGAUAUUUCAUACGAAAUAAUUUUGAAUAUAUUUUGAAUAAUUUUGAAUGUAUUUUGAAUUUCAUUGAACUACUGUAAAUAAGUUUUCUUUUCUUUUCUUAAUUACCAGUAUUAUGUAAUAAGUAACAUUGUGACUGAAAAGCCCUGUUGAAGGGAGUCUCAAUAAAGUAUGUAUGUAUGUAUGUGAAAACAAUGAAAUCAGCACUUUGGGACCUUAGAAAGGGUGACCGCGCACAAUAAGCGAAGCGUUUUCCGGGACUUUGACCGGUGACCGCUGAAUAUAGGUUUGACAGUACAUUCUCUUAUAAAAUUCAAAUUCCAACAAACUCCCAUAAAAUGCAGAGUCUGGGCGACCUGUGGUUAAACCGAACGCGUAAGGAGGCGCAUAGCUGUCGUGUGGCAAAAUUUGAUUUUUCUUCCAGGAGUGCACACUUUUAGUUAUUUUAUGUACAGCAGUUUGUAGAAAUCAGGCAGUUGUUGCUCUUUGAAUUAUGCUUGAACUUCCAGUUAGGCCCUUUUCACAUGAGCCGACCAAUUUCGCCUCGGGUUCAUUUGAAAAAUUUCAGCCCUGAUUCUGAGAUGAGAAAAGACUGAAGAUCCCAGGCACGAGUUCUUGCACGAAAUUCGAGAAACAAAGCAAACAUGGCGAAACACAAAAGUUAUAACUAUCAUAGCUUUGGCAACUCUUAUAGCUAUGUCACUGCAGUUAAAUAGGAUGCUUGGGAUGCGGAAAAUACAGCAGGCAAAGCAAGACGAUGCAGAAUUUAUGAGAAGAAUUCAUCCCGCUUUCAUCCCGAUAACCGGGCUGAGGUGUUCAUAUGGCAAAAUUUUCCAGCCCGUUAACCGAGAUCCCGGUUGAAAAAACCGAGAUCUUGGGAACCGAGUCAGCCCGCCCUCUCAGAUGAACAUAUCGAAAAUUUUACUAUGGAUUAAGGUAAGGCGAGAUCUCGGAAACGGGGCUCAUGUGAAGAGGUCCUUAGAUGGUCUUUCCCAUUACGCAAUUGCGUUAACAGGGACCAUCAAAACAGUAGAAUUUGACAUCUAUCGAGCGAUAGUUUUUGCGUGUUCUUGCCUUCGUCUCGUUUUAGUCAGUAAUUCGGCCAUUUCUACUUCGCCCUGACAGCCGUGAAUUCCUUCGCCAUUUUACUGAGUUGAACACUCAUCCCAAAAGAGCUAAGUGGCCGCACCGCUUUCUAAUGUGACUUUUGUCAUUGUAUAUUUGCAACAUACAAUCAUUGACGUCAGAGUGACUGAUGUCAGUGAUUGUAUAUUGCCCGCAUCUCCCAAAUUUGGUCAACGCCAGCUGGUUGUGAAGAAUAAGCCGGGGGAUUAAAGUCAAUUAAAAACAGUGAAAUAUUGUUGAUAAAUAGUAAUUAGAAAUUGAGGCCGAAGGCAAAAUAUUGAAAUUUAAAUUUUCGACAGGUAUUGUUUUGAAAUUUCAAUAUUUGUCAUGCAGAAUAUUGAAAUUUUAAGAUUUGACUAGUAAAAUUUUGACAUUCGAUAUCUGACCUGCAGAAUCUUGAAUUUUUAACAUUUGACAUGCAGAAUGUUGAAAUUUCAAGAUUCUGCGUGCCAAAUUUUGAAAUUUUAUGAUUCGAAAUGCAUAGUCUUGAAAUUUUAGGCCUUGGCAUGCAGAAUAUUGAAGUUUCAACGUUUGGCAUGUAGAGUAGUGAAAUUUCAAGAUUUCAUUGACAAUCGCUUUCGAGUCUCUUUCACUGCGCCCCAAUAGGCAUAUUUUAUUAUAUCUGUAAAAGGAGCAUUUUAACCAAUUUUAAAUACUUAAAACAAUUAUUUUAGGGUACAUCCAAAAUAGACAAUGAAGUGACAAAAACAGGCGUCCCAGCUGAACUAAACAUCGACUCUACUUUGCCGCAAGAAGAACUUACAGAUCGUCUUGUUCAACGUUUAAAAAGUUUAAACAUUCAGAGUGAUGCUUCGACAGUGGAAUCUCACAUGACCCUUGAUCUGUGGGACUUUGCUGGUCAACAUCUUUACUAUGCGUCUUACCCAGUUUUUUUAUCGACACGAGCCGUUUACAUGGUAGUGUACGAUCUCAGCAAAGGAUUAAAAGACAUUACAGAGCCCUGUUUCAAGCAAGGAGCUCUAAAGCGUCAUCUCAGUAAUCAAAAUAAGGAAACAAAUUUGGACAAUUUGUUGUCAUGGCUGGUUUCUGUAAACACUAUGUGCUCGCUAAAACCAGAAGUGAAUGACGAGAAAAAGAGAGAGGAAAACCUGCCCCACUGUCGCCCUCCAGUAUUCAUCGUAGGAACACAUGCAGAUGAAUCACAUCAAGACAUCAAGGAGGUUGAAUUGCAGAUUCAGCAGGAAAUUUUUGGGAAGGAUUACGAUGGUCACGUGAUUCGUCCUUUCUUCUCUGUCGAUAAUACGCAAGGGUCAGCUGAUAAGGGAGUGAUCGCACUUCAGAAACGAUUGAUUGACAUUUUGAAAGAGGAACCAUACAUGGGAGAAGAGGUACCAAUUCGGUAAGUUAUUUAGUUAAGGAAAACACUUGCUCGCUAUCUUAAUGUUAGUCUCAUGAUUUAGGCACCUCGACGUUAUGACUGCUUACUCAUGCUUGUCUGCUUUAGGUGAUGUGAGGUCGAAUGAUUAGCAAGUACUUUUCUGCCGCCAGGUUCGUUUGUAUUUAAGUUAGUUCCUGUGAGACGGAGAAGUUGUUCAAUCGGUUGUCCACUAAUUUGCCAUCCUCAUUUUGCGUUUUCUUACCGUGGACAUCCACUCGUUUCAAUUCCACUAUCCCUGUUGAAGUUAUUAGGGUGAAGCCUCAUCACGUGGAUUGCUUGCAUUGCCCUACAGUGCGGGAGUAUAAUACCAGCGAGUCUCUAUAAAUCAUCUUUACCUCGUUCCAAAGCAUUCAAUCCUGCUUAGCAAGGCGGGGUGAUCUGCAUGAUUUCCCGUGAGUACGACAAAGUUUUCAUCAGGGAAAGCGUGAGCUCUUUGCAGGAGAAACUUGGACGCUCACCAAACCGGCAGUUUUCCCUUUUACAACAAUGUAAAAUUUAUUAGUUUGGAGUGUUGAGCCUUGGCCUUUCAACACUAACCUGAUUUAUGAUAGGGUGGUGCCGCUUAGCUUAAGGUAUACAAUGUAAUGAAUUCAACCAGCAUUUAUGUAAAAUUGGUCAUUACCUAUUAAUUUAUCGGGUACAGAUGUAGCUGACGUCAUAAUGAAUUUAUUUUCAUGUCUUAUCCAGCGUUUCCAGCACGCUUAUGAAUAUGCCAAGGUGACAUUUGGAUUUAUGCGCAGCGGCAGAAGGGACACACAAAGUCAUAUUUGUACCAGAUAUACUCGCAACUUUCGCUGUUACUAAUACUGCAAAUUUUACUUAGUUUGUACACAUAUAUUGAAGAUCAUACGCGGCUUCUCCUGAUCGAAACUAUUGCGUACAAUUUCUUAGUUAGAAUACUAACAGUGUCAUGUUUUCAGUAAUAACUUCUCGUUUAAAAUCCAUUGCGUUGCACAUUCAGCUAACAUUAAAUAUUAAAAAAAAAAACGUGUAGUAAAAGACAAAACUCGUUACCUUUAAUGACCAGCGAUUACACGGUGCCGCAUUAUCCAAUUUGCACCGAAAGAGGAUCAGACCCUAUGUCAACUAGUUGAAGUCGUUCAUUUGCUUGGAUGUUUUACUUUAGUCGUAGAGAUUCAUCAGUGUUCCAGUUAUGCUUUAACUUCCUCUUUAAGAUCUUGUUUUUAUAUUUGGUUUUCAGAUGGUUUAACUUCGAGAAGGUUGUCAAAGCUUUAAUUGCUGAGAAAGUGUAUUAUUUAAACCUCGAACAACUUCAGGAUAUUAUCCAGAAAGUUUGCUUCAUUGAAGACAAGGAUGAAGUUGGCACCAUGUUGGAUUUUUAUCAUGACCUUGGCGUGAUUAUCAGGCACCGCAACACAGUUAUACUUCGGGCUCAGUGGCUCAUUGAGGUCUUCAGACAACUCAUAACCAUUCGUUCUUUUAACGAAAUGGUAAGUGAAACAUAUUCAAGUGCUUAAUUGUAUCCACAUUUACUGUCUUAUGAAGCGUAAUGACUGCAAACCCCUCCACAGAAAACGCCAUCCCACACCGUCAUAAAUUCUCUGCAUUGCCAUUGCCGCAGAAAAUCCGCAGCGCAUUUAUUUACCUACAUGAUGAUUAUAGACUUUUGAUUAUCUUAAACCCAAAAGGCCAACUUGCAGAUCCCCCCGUAAGGAUUCAGAGCUAUUUGCUUACAAGUUUUCUAGAGUUUAAGGCAAAGACUAACUUUCAUUAGAAUUAUUUUAAUGUCGUGAAGGUGAGUUUUUUGUUGACAUAUGUGGUCUUAAAACUGGCUGAAUAUUAGUGAACCCAAGCCUGAACAAUUAAAUGUGUGCAAUGAGCAAAGCGGCAGACAACCCAACUUGCACUUGAACUCGUGUGAUUUUAGGCCUGAUAUACGAGUUGGAGCUUACCCAACCUCUUUCCCAGGGUUCUCUCUCUUGCUUCGAGAAAGAACCCUGGUUGCGGCUGGUCACGUGGAAAUGUGUGUCAAUAAAAUGCGCAGCGAGCGUAGGUCCUCAAAUACAUUUUGUAGACUGGACGAUGAAAUACCCUCUGGGGUAGGGAAAAAUUAUUGCUUCAAAAUGGCGCUUGAGUUUCCGAGUUGCGUGCAAACUCGCUUUCGGCUAGUUACGAUAACAUUAUUUUGAAGGCAAAACAAGUUAUUUGUUUAGAGAGUUUGUACUUGAAAAAAGCUUUGCUCGCCAUCCUGCAACAGGAUACGAAAAGCUUCCUUCAUUUGCACAUGCAAAACCAGCUUUUGGUAAAUUUGCAUACUCCGCACGUGCAGUUCAUGAAAAGGAAAAGAUAAUGCAAUAGUAUCCCAUUUACAUCGAUCUUACCCGCACUCCUGUUGAGGUAUGGAAGUCUGGCGGCCACGGAGAACAAUGAUAUGUAGAACGCCAGGUACCCAGAAAGCGGAGACCAACAGCCCAAUCUCAAAGAAAACCCCAUACUAAAGCCCCAAAACUGAAAGCUAGAGGAAACCAUCAGACAAAGUGAAAAUUAGGGUGGAAGAGCACGCUUGAAUGAAGGCGAGUAGGAGACAGGGAAAGCAGAGACAAAAUCCUUUAAGGCGUCGUAAUCUUCAUAAAUGCGCGAGACCUCCUGAGACUGCGAAGGUGCAGAAGUAAGUAGGUCAGCUGGAGCCCCAGCCCUGAUAACGUCGGCUAACUUGAGGUAAUACAAAGCUGUUUUGGAAUUUGACCAGCCAACGUGAGACAUAACGUCAGCCAAAGGGGAACCGGAGAAAGCCAGGAUAAGGGCACAGCCAGAACGAAAACUGUAAACGGUUUCCCCACAGUCAUUGUUAGCAUCACGAAGAUAUUCUCUAAGGCGGGAGUCGGUCGCGGAGCUUAAAAGGGGUUUAUGAACAAUAUGCCCCUGAGGAUUUGUCGCACGAAAAAAGUAUCCAGGAGAUAGGCUAAUGCCAAGUUCACGAGCAAUCGACACAUAAGUUUCAGUACCCUUAAUAGGGCAAAAUGCUGGGUUGGGGUGACGGCGCAUGCCAAAGAGGUUGCAGGCGCCAUCCCUCAAAGUCUUUCCCCAGACGUGAUUAAAUAUGAAUCCAUUGUCAUCAGGGAAAGAGUAAUAUCCGGGGUCUUAACUUACCCCAGAUGCCCGCCACGGUCACCAGAAAAGAAAAGAGCCUUGAAGAACGCUUGAUCUUUGGCGGUGACAAACAUCUCAGUUGGCGAAAGGGACGAGAGGAGAAGACGCUUUUCGAUGUGUCGAGAAAGCAAAAGCAAUUUGUCAGCAAAAAGUGGCACAGCCUGUUUGGGGACAAUGCUGGCCCGGAGUUGCCCAGCGAUGAACUCUUUAAGGUACUGCUUUACUAACAAAUCGGAGGCCGGGUUACCAAAAAGGAGAGUCCUAUUCCAGUCACCUUGACGACCAAUGUCGGAAAAUAUAGAGCGCAACUUGCCAAUGUAUGAAUCAACGGUGGAGUAGGCCAAUCGCCACGGGCACUUGCGAGGGAAAGAACCCCGCUGACCAAGAUGUGGGCAUCCUAUGUUAUGGACUUGGGUUUUACCUUUUGAGUCCUUGAAAACUAAAAAGCGGCAAACAUCUAGGGGGGUGGCGUCAAAAAGUUCUUAUAUUGCCAGGGAGGGCGUAAAGAAAGUUCAGCCUUUAAAGAUUGUUUCUGUCUGGAAUAAGCGGACGAAAGGCUUGCUGACUGUAGAGAGCUGAUACGUAGAUCAAUAGCAGGGAGGUCGAAACUGACUGCCGUGGAAACGGCCGUGUGAACACGACGCCUAGCAUAACCACAAUUUUGACAAACUUGAACACAUGGUCAUCGGGAUAGUGGCAAGAUGGGCACGCAACUGCUGGGACGAAUAAGCGCGGAACAGGAGGAAGAGCCUAGAGAAAAGGAAGAAUGGGUAGAGGGGUAUCAGAUAGGAGACAAAAAGAGACAGGAGGUGCCAAAAAACUGAAUUUUAAUUGUCACGUGUAACACAUUCUCAUUACAAUAGCUUAUGUCCCUAUGAAUAGCAAAAAGUCCAAGAUGACGAACCAAUGUAGAAAAAUUAUGUGAACAGACUAAACCGAAAAUUAGAAUAUUCUGUUCAAGAAUAUUCUAAAGGAGAUCAAUACGAAACGCCUACAAAUCCCAAGGGAGGGGCCAACGCGGAGAAAAUCCUUCAGAGGCGGGGGGAAGAACCAUUCCGAGAGUACCCUUGGGAGCGAGUUGGAAAGACGAAUAUGACUGCAAAAGAGGCCACCAGAAUUUUCGAGGACGAAUGUCAGGGGACAACAAUGGUACAAGGAAAGGAUUGACUUUUAACAGAACUCAAGAUCUGGGGAAUGAGAUUAAUAGGGGAGAAACAUAGGGGUUGGAAAAAAGGUGGCCAUGGUUGUAAGGACGCUAGGCAAACAAAUUGACCCCUGAAGAACCAGGAACAGGAUACGGAGAAAAGAAAGGGAGGGGAGAACCAUCUAGAGCGCACUGCAGACUAGAAGGGAGAGCCAUCAAAUUUGCGGAGUGACCAGAUUAGCCACCAAAUCUGGCUUGAACUUGACCCCAGGCUAAAGGAGAAAGCUUAGAAUCCUGCAACGACAAAACGCGGGAAGGAGGGUCCGCGGGAUUAGCAGCGGAGGGAAUGUAAAAGAGAUUGAGAUGAAUAGUACAAGAGGAAAUGAUCCCAAAGACAUGCUGUAAGGCGACGACCAGGUCGCGAGACUUUGCGCCUUGACGCCGCCAAGAUUAGAUAAGAACCUGGCUAUCAGUAUAAACAUCCACCCAACUAUCACGCAAGGAACCGGAAAGUGCAUCCAGGGCAUUGGCGAGGGCCCAAGCCUACUUAACAUUAAUGUGGAGAUGACGUUGAUCAACAGGCCAGUAAUGCUGAAUAGUGGCUGAGAAGGUAUCAGGGCCAAGAACACAGCCCCAAGCAAAGGAGGAGGCAUCUGAACAUAACUUGAUCUGAUGAUGGGUCUCCAAAAGCCAAGGAAGGUAGCCGGACCAAGACUCGAGAAACAACCACUGCUCAAGCUCGUGUUUCAAUGGGAGUAAUUAGAAUAGGCUUAGAAGAACCGUGACGUUGGCUCUUCGCAAUAGCAUUAUUGAUAUCAUUGAGAUAAAGACGAGCCCCGGGAACUGCCAAAGAGAAGGAAAUACACUUUCUAGAGAGACGCUAAAGUGUCUUAAGAUCUGUAGAAGGCGAACUAAGAACAGGACGUAAAAGAGAAACGAACUUUUGCUUCUUUUCCUCCAUAAGCAAAAAGGCCUGAUGAACAGAAUCCACCAAAAAACCAAGGUAAGGGACUACCUGCUUAGAAACCAGGUGUGAUUUCUUCAGACCAAUAAAAUAACCCAAAUCAACUAGCGUAUAACAAACCACGAAAAUAGCGGAGCAAGUACGAGGAAAGUCCGCGUCUGAGGAAAGAGAGGCGUAACCCGAGGUCUUAGGGGAGAGCUGAAUUUCACCUGUAUGACGGUCGUCAAUUUACAAGGAGCAAGUUAUAAGGAGGGAACGAAAAUAAUGAGGAGCGAGAGGACCUAUGGAAUGGUAAAUGUAGGCAGACGAUUUCCAUCCGAAGGGAAUGGUGUUACUGGUGAAGUACCAGCCAUCCCAUUGGAAACCAAAAUAUGGACGGCUUUCAGGGGUAAGUGGGACGUGAUCGUAGCUAGAUUUAUCGUUACAGACUGAUUGGAAAGAAGAAGAGAAAACGUAACGCAAGAGCCCUAAAAGUGAAUCAAGCUGGAAUGGCAUGUCCCUGAUCCACAAAUUGAGAAAACGGUUGUCAUUACAUAAACGGGGUUUGGACGGCUCAACUGUCAACGGCAUAACCAAAUGACGAGGGGGAACCUCACCAACCCUUCCCUACAGGGAGAUAGCCCCAGUCCUUAACCGAUCAAAAAUGGUAUCAGAAAUGAAUUGAGCAAACGGUUUACAAGACGGUGCGUUAGAAAAAAUCUGUUGCGGGGGCAAAACCGAAUCAAAGUUUUCUUCCCUAUUUUGACCUUUAAAGGGUUGAAAGAAAUCUUGCACGUCAACAUAGUUCUUGAUCCACAGCAAAAUCUUGGGCGUAAGAUCAAACGGAGCAAUGUUGACGAUGCGCUCCCAGGCUGGAAAAUGAUUGUAUAGGUUACCAGCAACAAAAGAGUCGUGAUCUUUGAAGGUAAGCAUGGAAACAUCCGCGCGAGCCUGCCCACUUAUAACAUCGUCUACGAACUGAGAUGCAAUAUGCAUGUUGCCUUCUGCCAUCCCCUGAGCCACCUCAAGAGGCCAGCCAUCAAAGCUGACUCAACGAAGUGAAGGACUGAUAACACUUCUAGGGUCGAAAUCCGCCGUAAAUUCCCACUGUGGAAUUGUAGGAGAGGCACCCUUAAAAUGCUUGGAAGGGGGCUAAAAGAAAAGGAAAAAAUGGAGGAGGUGGCUCCUGGGAUGACAGUUUUGAGCCUCAAAUGACUGAGAGGGAAAUUGACUCCCUUUAAAAACUGCCACCGUAGGGUGGGUAAGGAAAAAAGGACACAGAAAACAACUAGCAUUUAACAAAAUUUUAUUUGUGGCUAACGAGCUCAUUCACAGGCAAACGAAAAGCGAGAAAGCUACUGAUUAACAGAACGCCCACGCGAAGGCCUAGAAUACGGAGAAAAAGGACUGCCAGGCUGCAAACACGAAAACAUCUAGGAGCAGUAUGGCCAGGCAGACCACAGUACAAACAGGCUACACGCCGCGAUCUAUUCGAUCCUCUGCCAGAGGGACCCGGCAUGUCCUGAAAAUUAGCAACACGCUGGGUGGUUUCUGCACGGAAAGACUUGUCAACCUUCGAGAUGCGAUCCAGGAUCUGCGAAUACUCCUUGUCGGCAAAUAAGGCGAGGAAAUACGCCUGGAAAAGCUUAGUGGGCUUCUGAAGGUGACCACGCAGAGUCGUAGAGGCAACAGCUAAAAAGGAUGCCUUAGGAUGGUUGUGCUGCUUAGCGUCUGAAGCCAAGGAUUCCGCCAUGGAAAGAGCAGAGUACUUGUCAAAAUCCGUUGCGUGUCUCAGGCCAUAGGAAGAGAGACGGUCUAUUUGCGCGUCAAUGUCGGAGGCCCUCUGCUGACUUUCAAGAGUCUCAAGACGCCGGCGUAACUGAGCCACAGGAUCAGGCUGAAAAGGGCAAAAUAAAGAAUGUAAGACAAUGCCUCGACCGCACAGAGCACAGAACACGGGAAAAAAGGAAAAAAGGAAAAAACACCAAGAAGGCUAGCUCAUGCGUUAAGAACGAUGAGAGCGGAACCAAAGAUCCGUGGAAAUCAGGCACAAAAGCCUACACAAAUGACGAAGGAACAGAAACGAUAUACAGAACAACAAAAGAAGAUACCGUGCACGGAACUAUGGAAACGAAAGAUGGUAAUUCUAAUGUGGCGUUGAAAUCCGUAACAUGUGACAAGUAAAUGGUGUUAUAAUCGCGGAACAGAAGGAAACAACAACUAAAAAUAUAACAUAAAAAUAAACGCAAUUGCCGGAGAAGCAGAUUGAAUGAAAGAUAUGCGUCAAACGAAAUAACAAACAAACAAGCGAACGUAUCUUGCGGCAAAUACUUAAACAACUGAUUCUUGCAGUACAAAAGUGCAAGAUCAAGUAAAUGCAAUGGAAGAAGACGCCGGUGACGAGGCAACUGACGAAUAUAUAAAAUUAAAAUACCGAUUGACUAAAAUUCCAUAACAGGACAAUGAGUUACAUGGGCCAUGAGUUAACAAACAAAUUAAUAAAACUAGUCAUGCCUGAAAGCAAACCAAGUAAAAUGCCAACUCCAUAAAGUGUAGCAACUAUGCAAAGCUUAACAAACAAAAUUAAGGAACUUCAAACGCCGACCAAAAAAAAAACAAAACAAACUAAAGCAAAUUAAAUUAUCAUCAGAAAGAGUAAAAACAAAUAAUACGACAAACACCAGUCGUAAGGAACAAAAACAAUCAGAUAAGAAACUAGAUGCCGGCAAAAGAAAAGCGAAAAACUAAAGCUAUUUUACCAAGCAAACUCUAUUGUAUAUAAAAGUAACAAAAAUGCAAUGAAUAACAUCGGCCGUGAGAGAACAGACGAAUAAAAUAACUUCUCAUGCCGAGAAAACAAAUAAAUUAAAAUGCGUACGUGAAUAACUGCAGCAACAAAGCAAUAAAUACAUCGGCCAUGAGGCAACAACAAAGUAAGAACUUCUCAUGCCGGAAAAAACUAAAGCAAAGUUUCCGCUAUACAAAAGUGUGAUAGAAAAGCGAUGGAAAAAACCGGUAAUAAGGAACUAACAAUAAACUACAAGCCGGCAAAAGCAAAGCGAUGGGAAAAGCUAAAACUAUUGUAGCAGGCAAAAUUUUUUGUUUAUAAAAGCAAUAAAAGUGCAAUGAAAAACAUCGGCCAUGAGGGAGCAAACGAAUAAAUGAACUGCUCAUGGCGGGAAGACUGAAGCAAAAUAAACGAUAAAACGCCGAUAAUGAGGAACAAAACAAAUUGACAAACUAAAUAUCUGCAAAACCGAAGCGAAAUGCUAAUUGCAAAAAAGCCAGAAUAGUGCAAUGAAUUACAUCGGCUAUGACGUAACAACCAAUAAAACUUCUCCAGCCGGAAACAAACCAAGCAAAAUGCAAUGGGAAUACAAUGAAUAACAUCGGUCAUGAGGAAACAAACAAACAAACGAAAGAACUUCUCGUGCCGGAAAAACUAAAAUGAAAUGCAUAUGGCACAAAAAGCUGAUAACAAGGCAAUGAAUAACUGAAACCAGGAGGAGAGAAACAAAUUAAUAAAUGUAAAUGGGGUAAGGCUAAAACAAAAUAUUUUGCAAAACGCAGUAGCGAUAAAAAGGAUAAUAUGAAUAACGAGGAAACGACAAAAUAGAAGCUUAAACGACAGAAAAAAGUAGGAAAUGAGGAAAUUGAACUGAAAAGAACAAUACAAGGCCGCAAGGCAAAAAACUAGAAGGAAACGUUUGAAAUGACAAAAGCGUUAGCAAUAGGGUAAAACUUAGAGAAUGCAACUAAAAAACACACAAAAAGGGGCCAAAGGAAGAAAGCAAGCUAGAUGGAGUGUAGAACAAACACUACGCAGGUAAACGCAGGAAAGGGACAAAUAAGAACAUGCCGACACGUGCUCAUGAAAAGCGGCAGCAGCGCUAGCGAAGUAUGAAAAAAUGGUAGACACAUUACCUCAAGUCCGUUGGCGUCGAGAAUUGUUUGUGCCGGAGUUUGUUCGGCUAGAAUGUGCUACGUAUGUGCUGGACCACAUUGGCCUGUGGAGCACGAGGUACCUGAGGUCCUUGGGACUGGGCUUCGUUAACAGCUGGAGCAGCCAUAACCGUUAGUAGUCGAAACUUCUAUCGAAAUGGUAAUGAAUGCAUUUGUGCGAUCCCUCUUGUACUCGCUUGGGUAAGACCGCUGUAAAUAGUGCAAUAGUCAGGUUUACAUGAAUAACAUCCGCUUUGAAUGUUUCGGCUGGUGCACGAUAUACCAAGGGAAUAGCUGACCUCGUUCCCAGCAACACAAUAUAUAUAUAUAUAUAUUUUUUUUUUCUUUUUUUUAAUGCAAUACUAUUUUUGGGUGGUCUUGUUGACCUAUUCAAAUAUCCGCGCCAUCAGCCGAUAAUAAACCAGGCGGCAAUCUCCUCUCGGGCCUUGACAGAGUAACUUUUGUCAUAGCGACAGUUAUUUACUCUUCUUCCCCUCCCUUGUUUUUGGCUCCCAGAUUCUGGGAGCCACGUGACCAGCUGCAGCCAGGGUUCUUUCUCGAAGCAAGACAGAGGACCAUGGGAACGAGGUUCGAGCUAACCUUAGCGUCAAACGUCUUAUUUAUGACGUCAACGUCUUUUAUGUGUUCCUCCGAAAAGAAUGUAUUUUUUUCACAAACAACGAGAAAACAACAAGCAAACGAACAAAAAACCCUACGAUAUCCCUUUGCCAGCCUGCCUUUUGUAAAUUAACUCUAAAUGGUAUCCGGUCAAAGGAUAACUAGUACUUGUCUAUAUCUGCUGAAACUCUUAUGUAUUAUGUACUAACCAGGGCCCAAUUGUUCGAAGGCCGAUUAGCGCUAACCCAGGGUUAAAUUUCAACCCCGGUUUCUUUUUCUUUUGUUCAAAAGAAUUGUCCCGGAUUAUUUUCUCUGUUCUUUUUAGGGCAUCCAAUCAUCAAACUGUAGACAAAAACAAUAAAACUGAUUUUGCUUUUUGAGGUUUGAAAUCUGAAUUCAAAUCUUUCGCACUAAUCCUGGGUUAUCUUAACGCUGCUUUGAACAACCUGGCCCGGAUGUAUUAAUAAAUGUACGACCCCUAAUUUUUGCAUUACCUCUCCAACUGAUUAGGGGACUUGCACUUUCGAGGCGCCCCUCUUCGGGAACUUACUUCACCGCCAAAACAUUUACCAAGCUAAUCAUACUUGUUUUAAUGCUGGUUUUGUUCGCACCCUGUAGUACAUCUAAAUCCUCUAUUUCGGUCUUUGAAGUAGCACCCAAGAAAAGAUGAAGACGCUAAGGUCGUUAAUAGGUAUGACGUUUUGUUGAUCCCUGAUUCCCUGAAGAAUUGCCUUCUUUUGGUUUUAGGAACCAAGACAUUCUCAGUUAUGGAAAGAAAUGGAGAAGACAGGUUCCCUACACAUGGAGCUAGUUGAUCACGUGUUCUCCAAGUGCUGUCAGCAGCAAGGUCUGAUCAAGGAAGAUAUCCUUAACAUGAUGGAGCAGUUUGGAUUGAUCGUCAAGUUUAUCACCGCCCCAACAAAUGAAAUGUACUUUGUACCCUGUCAACUGAAGACGCCACCUGAAGACCUUUGUGAAAUGGAGCCAUCACUUUCAGAUCCGUGUCCAUUGUACCUGCACUUCUCGGGGGGGUUUGUUCCACACGGUUUCUUCUGGCAGCUUGUGUCACGAAUCACCAAAUGGUGCACUAAGAGUGGAUUCAAGCAGCCGCCGAGAUUUUUUCUUGCGGCAUCCAGGUUUGUCAUAGAGAAGAGUUCCAUUCAUCAGUUGAUUCUUUUGCGCAAAAAAAGAUUCAUAAAGGUCACUUUGACGCAUUCAGAGCCAGUCCACGGAGCAUCAUUCAACGAAGUAAGAGAGGUGGCGAUUCUUGUGCGAACGUUAUUGGAAGAUACAGUACAAGACCUUAGACGUGAGCUCCCUUGGUUGAGUAACUUGAAGUGUGCUUUUUGUGUUGUAUGUCCUGGCUGUCAGCAGAAGGAAGAAAUGUGUUCAAAUCACGAUGCCGUUUCAUGUGACCACGAGGAUUGUCUGUGUCUUCUUAAACCUCUCGAAGAAGGGCAACUCAGACCCUGUUCAAAUAGCCUCUGCGUUAAAGUACCGACAGUUAUUGGACUGGAAAAAUGGUUUGCACUCAAAGGUUAGAUUACUUGAUACCCAAGGAUACAUAUGUACAAAUGUAGAAAGGGAAAUCAGCCUCUAGUCACAGGUGGAAGUGACAGUAAAAAGUUAGAAAAAAUUGCUUUUUUCUAUUUUUUUUGUUCCGUCAAGAAACGUUAUGUUAACUUGAUAACUCUGUCUUUUCUCACUUGCCAACCAGACCGUCACUAGGCACUCGACUGCCGUUCGUGUUAAUUCAAGAGAUACUUGUGGAGAACAUUGCGAAACAACAAAAAGUGGCCGUUGGUCGUUAUAACUUGUCGGUAGUGUUAACGAGUUUGUAGAAUAAGGAAAUAACCGGACUUGCUUGGGCCAGAAAAACGUAGUUUGUAGUGUAACGGGUCACGCUGUAUAUGUAUAGAUUCAGCCUGUUAUCUAAUAUCUAGUCCAAUAUAUGUUAAAGUCGUAUUUGUUUAACUGAAAUUCAGGUCAGCAAUAGAUAAUACUGAGAGACAUUUCAAUUUUAUCUUUCCCCUUUUUUGCACAGUUAUCCGUCCUGGUUAUCAUCCUGGUACAGACGACGUUUACAACAUGACAGCUCACCCAAGAGGAAGAACUCUGAUCAUUAAUAAUACUUCGUUUGGUGAUCAUGAUCCUGUACUAUCAGCUCGCCAUGGCUCGGAGGAAGAUGUUCGUCAAGUUGAAACGCUGUUUACUGCUCUUGAUUUUACUGUACGACCGAAAGAGAACCUUACAAGACUAGAACUCUUAAACGAACUCGACAAAGUUGCUUGCGAGGAUCACAGUGCUUAUGAUUGUUUUGUGUUGUGGCUCAUGAGCCAUGGUAGAAGUGGUGAGGUGUUCUGUUCUGACGGCAACACGAUACCUAUUCAGACUCUUCACGAUAUGUUCAGUAAUUGCGAUACCCUAAGCGGUAAGCCAAAACUGUUUUUCAUCCAGGCGUGCAGAGGUGACGGAGAAGACGAGGGGGUGUCUGUUGCCGCUGAAACCGGUAUUGUAUCUUACGAACUGCUUAGUCCCAACCAAGUUGAUUCCCCCAUUGAUGCAGUGAAGAAACCUGCAUCCAAAGUACCCACACAUGCAGAUUUCUUGUACGCAUUUUCCACAGUGGAUGAGUAUGUGUCGUACAGGAAUGAGGAUCUAGGAAGCCUCUAUGUUCGCGGCCUCGUUAAGGCAUUCCAUGAAUGUGCAGUUUGUGACCACCUUCUCGACAUUUUAACAGUAGUCAACCAGAAAGUCAGUAACAUGGAAGCCGAGCGACCAUCAGGGAAGAAUGGGAAUGAAAUCAAACUGUGUAAACAGAUGCCUGAAGUGAAGCAUACCCUGCGGAAAAAAAUUCGUUUCUAGACGCAUAACUUUGAGCAUUUUUUUACCUGUUUUACCCGCCGUCUGCCGCGUGGUGCAACUCUAAGAGUGAAAACUGCAAGGAGGCUGUUUUUAAAAGACACUUUUGCAUCAUUUAAAUAUUUUUUUCCAUCAGCUAUUUGAUGUUUUGUGUUGUUUCUUAUUGCAAAGCACUGCGAAACAAAUACAGCACGCUUUUAAUGUAGACAAGAGCUAGAUAAACCUCGCAUUUUUUGUGUCAAAGUUUGUAUAAUUGGGCGUCGCGUUAGACGAAUUGAAAAUCUUUCUUGGAUAUAACAUACUCAAAUCCGCCAGUGGAAGGGUAAUUAUUAUAAGUGACAAGCUGGGGCUGAAAGCCUUACAAGAUGGUUAUGGUCAAGUCCACACUUUCUGUGUGUGUUGAACUGGUGCUGUGGUCAGUAUUGUGCUUUAUAGCCUUCCAGAGAAAAAAUGCGCACAUGUAUACUGUAGUUUAGUUUCACUUAAAUUCUUGCGAGGAUCGAUAUAUUUUUCAAUAUUUUUGUACAAAACGGAUCCCUGCGUGAUUCUUGUAUUAGAGGAAGAAAUGUCCUUCAGCAGCUUAAGCCCAUUAGCAUUAAGUAGGGAAAAGAGAUCGUUUGGAGGUUAAAGCGCAAUAUGUAUCAAUUCUUUACCAGAUUGAAGGACCUGUGUCAUGAGAUGUAUCAAAAUUCAAGUAGUGAGAACUGCCACCAGUUUGCGUGAAACAUAAAUAUAACUGUUCAAUAAAUAAAAGGAAGGUAUAAAUGACACAGAAAUCAUACAAAAGGAGACACGGAUGGGCAAACGUAACGAAGACUGAAACGGAUUGCAACUUUGAUUUUUGAAAAAUUGUUAGCCUCACAGUGUUUUGUUGUUGUUAGUAUUCAAUGUUUGAUAUAUUGCUUUGGAGACGUAUUUGUUCGGGAAGAAGCUUUGAUGUUGUCAUUCACAAGUAUUUUCUCAAGGUCCAUAUAUAGCGAAUAAGGACGCGUAAACUGGUUUUACUGGGUGACUACUUGACUUCCGUGACACAGCCGCAUAGCUAUAAUUUGAAAGAGUUUGUUGCUUGGACAGCUUAAAAUCGGCAUUAUGAUUUCGAAUUUCAGUUGUUUCAAUUUUGUAUUUUAAUCAUUUUUCUUUCUCCUUGUAUUUUUUGCAAAUUUAACAUCUCAGGACCCCAAUUUAUCAUUAACGGUUGAAUGGGCCAACCUGGUUCUUAUAACGUUAGUUAACAGACAGUGUUUUUCUUCAACACUAAAAUUUAAUCGGUCGUCGAAGACUGUUAGUACGGUUACAGAGGAAAAGUAGGGAGCUUAAGCAACAACGACGGCGACCGAUACGAAAACGUCAGUUCUAUUCAUCAGGGCCGAGUUGUUCAAAGCUAGGUUAAGAUAACCCAGGGUUAGUGCGA